AUGUGUUCUGACGUUUCUAGUCGUUUCAAGAACGUGACGAUGGUUAAUCGCUUUUCAAACUUAAAAAGAAGAGAAAACAAGGGACACGCCUCGGUGACCCCAAAGGUGCCUUUUGCACGGAGCGAUUCCCGCGAGACGAAAAUCUCGGCCGCUUUAAAAGAAAAACCAGACACCGAGAACCUGUGUAAACAAAUUACAAUUCAAUUUAAACUUUACCAGAAAAAUAUGGAACAUCAGAUAGCAUUACUAUAUUAUUUCGUUAUUUGGUCAUGA